CCGCCAUUUGUUCUCAAAUUAAAUUUGAUUGGUCAUUUUAUUAUGCAAGUGACAGAACAAAGGAUAUAGUAUAACCUGAAAUGGGAAUAAUUGAAACAAAAUCGAAAUUGGUAUUGUCGAUACAAAUUAAAGUGAAGUCAUCCUAUCUGUUAAUAUAAUAAAUAUCCCAUUUUUCUUCUUCAAAAAAUAAAAUAAAAAAUAAAAUUCCUUCGUUAUAAAUAAUGCAGUGAUUGGGGAAAUCAUCAUAUUACUAAAGAGAGAUGGCAGAACUUUUUGUGAAUCAGGGAAAGGAAUAUGCAAUUGCAAGGCCAAGUUAUCCACCACAGCUCUUUCAAUUUAUAGCUUCAAAAACUCCUUCUCACAACCUUGUUUGGGAUGUCGCCACCGGAAGCGGCCAAGCCGCCAAAUCUUUAGCUAAUUUAUACAAGAAUGUGAUAGCCACAGAUGUCAGUGAAAAACAGCUUGAGUUUGCAACCAAACUCCCUAAUGUGCAAUACCAACACACUCCUUCAACAAUGUCAAUUCCUGAGGUUGAACAAAUUGUAGCACAACAAGGAACCAUAGACCUUGUCACUAUUGCUCAAGGACUUCAUUGGUUCAACCUCCCAAAUUUCUAUGAACAAGUCAAAUUUGUACUCAAAAAGCCUCAUGGAGUGAUUGCCGCUUGGUGUUACUUUUUGCCAAGAAUUAGUGAUGAAGUAGACAUUGUCCUUGAUCAAUUCUAUUAUUCUGAUGCAAACCCUUAUUGGGAUUCGGCACGGAAAUUGGUCGAGGACAAUUAUAGAAGCAUUGAUUUUCCUUUUGAGGCGGUGGACGGAGUUGAUCAUACGGGACCGUUUGAGUUUGUGACAGAGACGUUGAUGAGCUUUGAUGGUUUGUUAACUUAUAUAAGAUCGUGGUCGGCUUAUCAGACAGCCAAGGAAAAAGGAGUUGAGCUUCUUCGGGAGGAUGUGGUUGAAAAAUUUAAGGUUGCUUGGGGGGAAGAUCAUGCCCCUAAAACUGCUAAGUUUCCAAUUUAUCUAAGAAUUGGAAAAGUUAGAAAUGUCUGAACAUGUCUUGAUUAUCACUUUUCUUUUUAAACAGUUUAGUCGCUGAAAUGUCACAUUUUUAUAAAUUCUGUUAUAGCGUCUGAUAUAAUAUAUUUGUAUAACUACAAAUUGAGUUGGUUUGAUGAGUUACUUUCUAGUUAAUACUUAAUAAUUUUAGUAAUAUUUAAAGAGCACCAUUUGAGAUGUGUCUAAUUAACCUUUUAACUGUUUUUCAAAUUUUGUUAUGGCAUUUAGCUUAGAUCAUGUACAUGCCAUCCAUUCUUGUUACUGUGUACAAGUUUGAUGAUAGAAUAAAGUUUGAACAUAUUUUGUAAUCAA